AUGGACAAUAUUCCAUCAUCCACGUUUCACUUUGACCAAACCGAUCAUGAUCAUCAUGAUCUUCUGGUUCAAUUAUCUUCUUAUCCUAAUUGCCAACAAGAUCAAUCCAACAACUCUGAUUUUAGACAACCCACAAAAGCAUCAAACGCUAGUUUUGGUGUCAAUGACGACAAUCCCAGAGACAGUAAGAAAAGAAAGAUAAUGCAUAGAGAUAUCGAACGACAAAGAAGACAAGAAAUGGCUACCCUUUAUAGGGAUCUACGAUCUCUACUUCCUCUUGAAUAUCUCAAGGGGAAGAGAUCUAUAUCUGAUCACAUGUACGAGGCUGUGAAGUAUAUAAAAGAUCUACAAAGUAGGAUCCAAGAGAAGGGUGAGAGGAGAGAUGAACUUCAAAGAUUUUCGGAAUCAUCAGCAUUAAGUUUUCCAUCCGAAUGCUCACAAGUUGAUAAACAUAAAGAAGACAGUGUCACGGUUAGAGCUUGUUUGGAAGGAAUAGAAGUUGUUGUAAGUACUACCUUGACAAAAGGGCUUCCUCUUUCGAGAGUGCUGGAAGUUCUCAGUGGAGAAGGCCUAAAUAUCGUUAAUUGCAUGUCCACUAAAAUAAAUGAAAGUUUUCUACACACUAUUCAAUCUGAGGUGAGUGAUGGAAGAAGCAUUGAUAUGUGUGAACUGCAACGAAAAAUAAUGAAAUCAACAUUCCCAUGAUUGAAUUAGCGAG